AUGUACAAGGUCCCAGCUGAAGGUUUUGACACAAUCACCGUCUUUGAACAAGAUUCACUUCCAAACACUUUACCAAAAGCCGACCGACCGCAUCUGCCGCCCGACAUGAUUUUUCGUUUUCGGGUCCUGCUCCCCAUCAGCCUUCUGAUCGCUUCUUUUCUCACCAUUUCUCUCCCAUCCUUUCCAUACUUUUUCGUAUUCUUAUGGACUCACUAUCAUCCAGGAUAUGUUAUCACUCUCUCCCGCUUUCCAGCAUUUUCCCUUCUUCUCCUUCUACUCUACUCCAUUCUCGCUAUAGCGGCUCACAUUAUCCUCGCAAUUCUUAUCGAGACGGGCGUUCUCGGUCUCGAUUCUCUAUCAAGAGAGACGAUCCUUUCUCUUGCUCUCCCAAGAUACGCCCCCUCUCCAUGGCAGGGCCUUCGCUUUUUUUUGCCUCAUGUCAUGGUUUCUGUUUCAAUAAUUCUCGUUUUCCUCUCCAAAAUACCAGAGCAUCAUAACUUUGCGAAUUCCUUCUUCAUCGUGGCUUGGUUUCGCAGACGAAGACAGCAACAACGCCGCGAAUUGCAACAGCGCCAGCCACAGCGACCCCCGGCUGUAUCCUCUCUUGAAGAAGCUCAUGUUCAGCCGUCUCAGCAAUACGGUCGUACUCCCACAGGACUCAUCCGUCGUUUUUCGAGACGCCCACCUGUUCGUACCAUCAAUCUCUCAACUAUCAAUGAAGAAGGCGUCAACCUUUUAGAAGCCAGUGAGCAGCUCAUUAGUGAUGUCGCCUCCUCUAUAACCGAUGAUGACACGCGUAUUGGAGCGACACAUCAAAAGCAUUCUCAACAACCUGGAGAGCCGAAGCUCACCAAAUUCGUUGCGUACAUGGCUGGACGUGCUGGUUUAUUUUGGUGCGCCGUUUCAACAUGGCUUGUGGGUGUGUCGUACUCCAGUCUAUGCACGUUUGUCUUUAUCUCUGUGUUUUCCAUGGUAGCCCUCUUUGGGGCCUUUCACAUAGAGAUUGUUCACCCGCGGGUGAAUACUGCACGUUGUCUUCGCUAUUUACGAUGUUACCGUGUUUUCCUCACGACGUAUGUGGCGCUUCUAUUUUGCUUUCAGCUGCCAUGGCUCGUUCGCUGGGCUGACCCGCAAUAUGGCACCACAGCGUCUGUUUUACAGUUGAUCGGGUUGGUACCGAUUGAUGCCAGCAAGCCAACUGGCUGGACAGCCAUCACUGCAUUCGGUGCUGCUCUCGUAACAUACCUAUUCACGGGAAUGUUCGAAUCUGCUUUGCAGGUCGUACAAGACUCAUGUAAUUUAGAAGAUGGGCCACCGUCAAGAGGGAACGCAGGUCCGGGUGAGGCGUCUCUGGAGGCAAACGCUGAAACCGAAGGAAGAGGGAUACUGCAGAAGCCUUCAUUCUAUGAACUGCAAUUGCUGCUGACUGCCCGUCAUGCGUCUUCACUGGGCCUCCUCGGAUGGGCGCUUGUGUUCCCGGGUAUUUUGACUUUACCAUUGCUGUUCGCUGCUAUUCUGUAUCUGAGUCUGAAGAGCUACCGCAAUUCGAGAUUAUUUCAAUAUCUAAUCGUUUACGCACUAAUCCUUCAAAUGGUUCACUUCUUGCUGAUUGCGGUCAUUGACGCCUUUCGAGCUGUCGAGGAUGACCCUGCGGUCAUGAAGUUGCUUGGAUUACAGUCUCUGAGGGUUUCAUUUUCCGUGAACUUGAUCGAGUCUAUCGCUUUCGGGUUGCUCUGUUUAAACCUAUUCAGCAGACGCCACAUUGAAAUAAUACAAGCAAGCGGUGAUCGUACAACAACUGGAGAUGUCCCAGGACAAAUUCAGAUUCGAGAUUUUGUUCAAAUGUCUCUGUUCUCAUCACAAUCGAGAAAGCGAGAUUCAAUGUAUUCGCCUUUAAAAUUGUGCGUUGAUCAAGUUGCCCUUGCAUCUUUGUACGUUGCUGGUGGUCUGGACCUUACCGAGUUGAAUUCAGUGUUUCUUGGCGCACUGUCUAUACUAUGCGUUCUGCAAUCCUUCGGGCUUUUCAGGCGCCCGAAAUUGUUUACGGUCGUGUGGUCCAUAGUCUUGGUGUAUUCAAUUUUAUUCUUACUCACAACAGGAACAUUUUGCAGAGCAGUCGAUUCCGUGUGGGAAUGUAGCCUGGAUGACAUUGGCGUCAAGAAGGCAAAUACCGGCCAAGUGGUCGCAUAUGCAGCCACAGUAGUCCUGGCUUCGAUUCAGGUAAACUACACGUGGUCGCACACUGCGGAAGGCCGGAUUGAGGAGUUUGAUGGGCGAAUCUGGAGAGCAUUGCGAAGCUAUUUUUUGUAUGUGGCUUAUGCUGCCUUACUGUUCUACCCACUCCUGUACCAAGCAAAUUUCUUGUCGUACGGCCAUGUCAUCUUUCUUUUUUUGACACUUCUGGUUGAGCUUUUGCCUUCCUCGUUGAGAGGCCAAACACCAACUGCGCGGCGAGUUAUUAAGAAAUAUUGGUUCCUGGUGGUAGUAUUUACAUGUGCAGGUAUGCUUUCCCGAUACUUUGUGAGUUUGCAUUGGUCAUCGCAGAGCCAAGAAGAAACUCGAAGGUGGCUAUUUGGGCUUGAUCCUGGAGAUUCUACAUUCGUGAUCUCGAUGGGAGAUGCGAUUCUUCUCAUUCUUGUAUCUCUGCAAGGGCGCUUUUUCGUCGUAGAUUAUUUUGCGACGCAAGGAAAGUCGGGAGACAGGAGUGAGGGCAGCCCACCCGACGAAAGCACGGUCCAAAUUAGUGGCGCUCUUGAUAAUCGUGAUACGAUCUCAGAACCGGGCGAUGCCAGAUCUCCGAUGGAGCAGGACCGCGACACUCUGAUACUAAAACAUCGGAGACACAAGAGCCUUCAAGAGAAUCUCACCUCGGAAUUCACGGCCGAGCCAUUAUCCUGGCUUGCGGAUAGUCCUGGAACGGGUCCAUCGGGGGAGUUAUUGAGGAAUCGAACGAUAAACGACGUCUCGGAAGUACGUCGCCCAACUUCACGCGAGCUGUCUAAUGUCACGAAUGAAUCAGAGCGUAUGCGAAAAGUCGAGGCGGAGGAGCGCAGAAGAAAUGAGCUGCAACAAGUACUCAAUAGAGAGCGCAUCGAGCAAGCGCUCGACAUGUUUCGGAACUUCCGCAAGAGUGUCCCAGUGAAGAAGACUGAACAGUUCUUGCAAAGCACAUAUGCGUCUCUCGUUAUGCUUCUUCGGAGCGUUAUGUUGAAAUACAGUUAUGCUCUCGAAGCUGUUGCUAUUCUUGCAGCUUCGAUCUGGUUGCCAGGAUUUUCAGUUUUCGGUGCGCUUUACAUAUUUCUUGGCUGCAUCGUUCUGCUUGCUGAGCAGCCAGCCUUUGCCCAUGAGGAAAAUGAGGAGCUGCAACCUGGUCAACGCAUCUCGAAAUCUAUGCCAUCAGUUCUCCUUAUUCUAUCAUUCUCCUUAAUGUCCGCGCAAUAUAUUUUCUUAAUCAUUCUCCGGAUGAAGGACUCUAGUGGCGGAUUCGUCACCUCGUAUAUUGGAUUGCAAACACCGCUGAAUGCGAACACUCUGCCAAUCGGUGUAGAGGCAAUGAUUGCACACGUUUUAGUUUUCAUCACUGCAAUUGUACAGAAGAUAGCUGUUCGCUGGGCGAGAAUGGAUGCAGGUAGCAGCAUGAACAGGGUUGACAAGUACGCUAGCAGCCUCAGGAGCACCCGUCAAGGUCCAGCUGAAGAUGCAAACGCUCUGGAUAGUGCAGUUCCGAUAGGUUCAGUUCUCAAAGGGGUGGGAGGUCCUGUACAACCACCUAGUAAUGACGUCUCUGGUGCUCAGUCAUCUUUUGUUACAGCGUAUGGUGCUAGCUGGUCAGAAACAUCCGGUUGGAGGCCUAAUCGCGGCAAGACGUCCCAAUUGAGACAAGUCUCGAAUAACAAGACAUCUGCGCUUGAGCAGCUCUCAGAAUCGGGCAUGGAAAAGAAGUCGGAUCAAGAUAGAAUCGAGCAAGUGCGCGGGAAGGUUUCAGAUUUUGUGAAGCACUUAGGCAACCGUUUGAACGCAUUAACAUCUUUGCUGAGACCAUUUUGGAAGGAUUGGGGCUCCGACGUGACUUUCAUGUACUUGGUCAUCUGCGGUGCAAUUACUGACACAGUCUUUUCCAUUGUCUAUGUCGGUAUUGUAUUGGUCAUUGGUGGCUUCAAAAGGAAGAAGCUUACCCGUCACUGGCACCAGAUAUCACUCUUCCUCGUAAUCCUUGUGCUCAUGCAGUAUGUGCUGACGCUAGGCUUGCCCUCCGAGAUGGAAGAGCCCCAGAGUUCAGAUUCGUUUCAGAAGUGGAGAGUUUGGUUGUUGCUUGAUAGGGAGAACAAUUCUUCAGAGCGGAAAAUUGCUGUUACUUUUGCGUUUAUUGCGGUCAUAUGUGCUACCAUUACUCUGAAUUCAAUCUCAGCAGGUUCAAGGGGAUUUUCGUACUGGUUCCAAAAGCUUCAGAAACGGAACUUAGCAGGGCGUGAGGAGUCUCUUGAUGACCCUGACGAUGAGGAGCACAUCCUAGGAGCACUAGAAGAAAGUGAAAGGUCAAGCGAAGGCAGCAUACGUGAUUCUCCAGAUGUGUCCGAUCCGAAGCCUGAGCCCGUCCCAAACCAGAACCGAGGACGCAAAGUUGUCCAGGAAAGGUUCACAUCCAGAAAUGCUGAAUCAUCACAGAGGUCGGUCGACAUCUCACGAGGUUCCAGUGGAGAAAUUAGGCCAACAGAUGUCAAUGGGAUGGCUCUCUCUCAUGCGAAUAUGGAAUCUAAUUUGGAAGCUGGAGGAGUUUUGAAGGAGUCCAAUCCACAACCAAGGGUAGACGGGAAGUCCCCACUGUUUCCCGUUUCAAAUGAGCAAUUCCUUUCAGCCAUGACUAACGAUAGUCUGGAGGGAUCCGAUUCAGAUGAUAUUGCUAAACGACUACUAAGGCCGAAUGACCCGAGAGACUUCACUCGCAGACCUAUAUCGUUUCAGAACGCCGUGAAGCUAAACUGGAUGCGACUUAUGGGUGGCUUUGUUCAGCUGUACGUCUUCGCCGUGGCCACUGUAGACACAAACGUUAUCAGCGCUAUUCUUUUGGUGGUCGCCUUUUCUUUCCUUUUCCAAUUCACGAAUAUCCCAGCAAAGAAGGCCCGCUUCAAGUUUCUACGCGGUUAUGUCAUUACGGUUGUUUUUCUCCUCGUGAUAUUUCAGGCUCCUUUUGAAAGAUCCGGCGAUGGUGGAUGGGAAGAUAUUCUAGGCCUCUACAGGGACGAUACGGAACAAGGACAAACCAUGCUGUAUUUGCUGGUAUCGCUGUGGAUUGUUUGUCAGGUUCAGGGUCGCAUCUAUGAAAGUCGAGAUUUUCAGUACGUGGAGAGAUACGGUCAUGAAGACGCCAAGGUACGAUUCAAGCGAGCUGUCCAUGAACAUAACGGCCGAAAAUAUGAUAAGCUACUUGACCGAAACAAGGCGGAGCGCUCUAACAACGCAAGGAAAGCCAGACUUACCCGUUUAAAAGCACUGAAAGAAUCAGAGAAGACGGUUGAUGCCUUUUACAACGUAUGUGUUGUUCAUGAGAUUGAAUUUCUUCGCAAACAAGCCAAAGCGGCUGAAGCGAGCGCAUCCAAGUUCUCUUCACAUUGCCAAACUGAGACCCCAGAAGAUGAUGAGCAACUGCCCCAGGGGACAAAUCGACUAUUUAGGAAGUUGCUACGUGGUAAGCGGUGGAAACAUUACAUCUCCCAGACGCUUUCGGCGGAAAUGAAAGCGUUUAUAUUUCGGUACUCGGCCUGGCCAGUGUAUGGAACUAUGGUGUUUGCAGCAAUCAUCAAUCCCAGUAUCACUACUAUUGCUUAUCCCCUGGUUGUGUUUCUAUAUCUGAUUGUUGAGCAGCCGAGGCCACCGAAACAUGCUUGGACUGCUCUGAUGGUAUAUGUGUGCUGCGUCAUCAUGUUCAAAUAUGGUUUCCGAAGCCGAUACAUACCUUUUUGCAGCUCAGGCGUGCCCUUUUUUGAGAUCGCAGCUGAUCAAUCUGAGCCAAGCUUACAAAAUUUCACAGACUGUGCACCUGCUGCCGGGAUUGGCUUUGAUAUUUUUAUUCUACUCGCGCUUUUGGGUCACCGAGCUGUUUUGUAUUCACGUGGUGUGUGGGACCUGGUGAUGUCUGAGGAAGACAUGCUGCUUAGAAGUGAAAUCAGGGGACACGAGUUGGAUACAUCUCCAGAAAUGAGUUGCAGCGUUGAAUCGCGUUCUACUUUUGAGGGAAGCAAUAGCAGUCAAGGCAGUGUCACUGAUGAGAACGGAAUUGUGGAACAUACUUGGACUGCCGUGCAGCAAUGCGACGAUGUGGAACAUGUACUAAGUCAAGCCAGAAGAGAUAUCGUUGGUGAUGUAAGGGGUCAAGUGAAAAUUACCAACCGGGAACAGGCGGGGCAGACAGCCGAUCAUUUCAAAGGGACACUGAAAAAUGAAAACUUUCGCUCCAAGCCGUCUCCUUCUCCCAGUGCCUCUAGGGUGAUUGCGCGUGCGCGAUAUGGCAAGAGCCCACUCGGAGACAGGAGCGGCAACAUGGACAUGUUACGACAUAGAGCCGCAGCUGUUCGGCAUGUUCGAGAGCCUGAACAAAGUAGAAAUAAGUCACGUCAAAGGACAGGGGACAUCAGCUUGUUCCCAAUGUCUGCGCCACCGCCGACGGGUGCCAUUAGAGGUACCGACCCUCGAAGUAUUCCAUCUCCACAAGAGUCCGAACUCCACCGAGUUCAUCAACACUUGCAAAGAUUUCGAUCUCUUCGAAUGGGUGUGCACAAAAUUGACGGCUCCUUUCCGCCGACCCCUGCUGCCAUGACAUCUGGUCAGUCCCGUGUGCAGCAGUCUCUCGCACAAGCAAGGAUUAUUCCUGAAUCUUCUCAGGGAAGAAACCUUACCCUAUUUCAUGAUGAGCAGAAGGGAGUACUUUCGAGUCUGCGUCAAUACUUUGUACGAAUGACUCGAGAAAACGACCAUAAGGCUGUGGGUGACUACUACUUGAUGAUCUUCAUUGUUGAUUUCAUUUCGUUUGUUUAUGUAAUGUUUGGAUACUCUGUAAUCUUUGGAGACUCAACCUCUGGGAGAGAAGAGACGUGGUGGACUACUAACUUCAUUGAAACCGGGCAUCUACUCACUUUGUUGGCGAUGUUCACGCUGAUUAUCCUCGAUCGAAUUUGCUACCUCACAAGAAGUAUGACUGGAAAAUUAGUUUUGCACUACUCAUCCGUGAUCGGUUACCACAUUGUUCUAUUUGUCGUUGAGGAUCACAUUGGCGAGCGAAUCGCGACCCAGAUAUUCUACAUUCUGAGGUGUAUUUAUUUUCUGCUCAGCGGCCUUCAAAUUCGAGAUGGAUUUCCGAUGUACACUACAGCACAGUUCUUGUUGAGAAACUACACUACUCUUGGCAUCGUGUUAUUUGAAAUAUACAUUUUUGUGCCAUUCUUGUGGCUGUCAAGAACUUUACUGGAUUGGGCUGUCUUGCCAACCUCCCUGGAGAUUUUUCAGUACUUCAGGUUCAUCGACAUUUAUUUAUGGUUGUACCGUAAUCGGACCGUGAAUGCUUCGCGCGGUGCUUUCAGGAGAAGGCUUGGUGAGAAAAGGCGUCUACUACCGCGAGUCUAUCAAGGAUUUGGUUUGUUCUUGUUGUGUGUAAUCGCCUUGUUUCUUCCUUUCAUCAUUUUCAGCAUCUUCAACCCGUUUGUGGUCGGACGUGAAUUAAACGACGCCCAAGUUACCGUCAAUCUGGUCACGUUUGAAGGGUCGUCAGUUUCUGGAGGGAAAACAUAUGAGAUAUUCUCCAGGACCUCAGCAGUUGGAGAGGCACUUGAUCGUGACCAAAGCUCCGAGGCUGCAGGAGCUAUCGGUGUUGUACUUGACGUAAGGGAAAGAGAAAAGAUAUUUGAGGCUUUAUUCAGCGCUGUUUCUGGGAACACUUGGCAAGUACCUGACGAGGAUGAAAAGGACCUGGUCAUGUCACUGCAGACGUACUCGACCGGAAAUGGCACCGGGGCCCCUCCUCUCUUAGACUUCUCCCUCACGGCAACUACGCAGGAUCGAAUGACGUUUGGAACUCUGGGCAGGCAGCAUACGUAUGAGUUGGAAGAGUCCCAGGCCGCGCAAAUUGCAAUCGCUCUAUCUGAAAAGUUCGACUUCGCCAUGAAAAUUCGUGCCCCGUUGCCAAGAUAUUCCAUUUUACAGUCUGGUGCAGGUGCUUUUCGAUCGUAUUCAGGCCAAGAGGGUUUCGGAGAUGUUUGCAUUCGCCUUUUCCAGCAGACUGGUUCUCCAGAUGUCGGACUCUCUUUUUGGACAAUGAGUGACGCGAGUAGGGAAGCAUCUGCAUGCACAAACACUACUCCUUUUGAGGAAACAGAUUCUCGAAGGCGGCACCUCCUCCAGAUUGCUGAUAUUUCCAAUUUGCAAGUAGGGGGUGCAACGAUUUUAACAUUGUAUACGGCCAUAUUGUUCACGAUUGCAAAUCUUUUGAAGCGAAUGUUCAUUGACAAGCGUCUAAUAAUCCCUUACAUUGACAUGCCAUAUACACUGCAUCUCUACCAACUAGCCUUGGACAUAAUGUAUGCUCGACAAGAUAACCAACUGGAGAUGGAAGAGAUACUAUACAAUGGAUUGAUCGAUAUCUACCGCGAUCAGCACGAGCUGGUACGUUGGACAGGGGAACGUGCCUUGAAGCUACCUGAAGCCUGGUGGGACAGUUCAGAGGUGGAUAACCCGUUCAUGGUGUAUCCUUCGUUCAGCGAAACAGCAGCCGAACCUUACAUUGACCGCAUUGUAGAAUAGGAUGUUUUGCUCCUUGAAUGUUGAAUACUGUAGCAGUACUAAUCCGGCCCUGCCCGUUGUUUGCGUCACUGGCACUCUCUAGCUCUAGAGAUAGAGAACACUGCCAGUACAUUCAUCUACAUUUAUUGUACAGCACCAAAUGUAAAAAGAACAUCAUAUUUAUGAAUGCUAUU